AUUGCUUCUGACUCUACGCAUUCACAAUCCGCUCGGGCGACUCAAUAUCUCACUAUCCCAGCUCGUGCCAAGUGGCUCUCGAAUACGAUGACGACUAGUUCUGAGCACGCGGCUCUGGGAAUUCGCGCAAAGCAGAUUACCCUCGGCAGAGCGGCCCGCAGAAAUGGUUUCGGGAGCGGCGUAUGGAGAGAGGAGAGAUGUGUCCCUGUUCCUGGCACCUGUAGUUUCUUGAAACCCUCUGAGUCUAAGUGCGAGAUUGCUUCCCGUCUGUAACACGAAAGCGUCCAAGUCUACUUGGCAAGGACUGCCAUAUGAAUCCCUCUGCAUCAUUCACUCGGAUCAGAGUUCCUCGCUCCUGGGUGCGGUGGGAAGUUGAUAGCUCGGAGAGGAAUGGUUGGCGUUGGGCGAUCUCAAACAUCCCCUCCUUGAUAGAUACUGGUGAAGGGCCGGACAAUAUCACGGGAAAGACAUACCUCAGAGUGUGUUUCUCCCGCUCAGAUCUGCAGCGGGACUUCGGCAAUGCAUCAAGGGAAAUCUGAACCCCCUCGCUUCUUGCAAUCAAAGCACUGGUCGGAAACCAAGAUCCGAUCAAUAUCUGUUUGUUUGUCACGAGUUCAC